UUGGGCAGCGGGCGGCCCGGCUCCUCUCCAUCCCCCCGGAGUGAGCGGCCGGACCCCGUUCGCGCCCCGGCAUGGAAGGCGGCGGGAAGCCCAACUCGUCGCCCGGAGGGCGGCACGGCGGCGGCGGCGGCGGCGGCUUCCCGGCGAAGCCCCCCGCGUCCGGCCCCGCCACCGCCGUCACGGCCGGGGCCGGGGCCGAGAAGAGGCCGGGCAGCCCCGGCCCCAAGGAACACGGCAACUCGGUGAGCUUCAAGGUGGACGGCGGCGGGGCGGGCGAGGAGCCCGGCGGGGCCGGCGAGGAGGAGGCCGAGGGGCCGCGGCGCCCCUACGGCUUCAUGCAGCGGCAGUUCACCUCCAUGCUGCAGCCGGGCGUCAACAAAUUCUCCCUCCGCAUGUUCGGCAGCCAGAAGGCGGUGGAGAAGGAGCAGGAACGGGUUAAAACUGCAGGCUUCUGGAUCAUCCACCCGUAUAGUGACUUCAGGUUUUAUUGGGACUUAAUAAUGCUUAUAAUGAUGGUUGGAAAUCUUGUCAUCAUACCAGUUGGAAUCACAUUCUUUACAGAACAAACUACAACACCCUGGAUUAUUUUCAAUGUGGCAUCAGACACUGUUUUCCUUUUGGACUUGAUCAUGAAUUUUAGGACUGGGACUGUCAAUGAAGACAGUUCUGAAAUCAUAUUGGACCCUAAAGUGAUCAAGAUGAAUUAUUUAAAAAGCUGGUUUGUGGUUGACUUCAUCUCAUCAAUACCAGUGGAUUAUAUCUUUCUCAUUGUAGAAAAAGGAAUGGAUUCAGAUGUUUACAAGACAGCUAGAGCACUUCGGAUUGUGAGAUUUACAAAAAUCCUCAGCCUCUUACGUUUACUCCGGCUUUCAAGGUUAAUUAGAUACAUACAUCAAUGGGAAGAGAUUUUCCACAUGACAUAUGACCUAGCCAGUGCUGUGGUGAGAAUAUUUAAUCUCAUCGGAAUGAUGCUUCUCUUGUGUCACUGGGAUGGGUGUCUUCAGUUCUUAGUGCCGUUGCUUCAGGAUUUCCCUCCAGAUUGCUGGGUGUCCCUAAAUGGUAUGGUUAAUGAUUCCUGGGGCAAGCAGUAUUCAUACGCCCUCUUCAAAGCCAUGAGCCACAUGCUGUGCAUCGGUUAUGGGGCCCGAGCUCCCGUUAGCAUGUCCGAUCUCUGGAUUACCAUGUUGAGCAUGAUCGUCGGGGCUACCUGCUAUGCCAUGUUCGUUGGUCACGCCACUGCCUUAAUCCAGUCUCUGGAUUCCUCCCGACGGCAAUAUCAAGAGAAGUAUAAGCAAGUGGAGCAAUAUAUGUCAUUCCAUAAGUUACCUGCUGACAUGCGACAAAAGAUACAUGACUACUAUGAACACAGAUACCAAGGGAAAAUCUUUGAUGAAGACAACAUCCUCAACGAACUCAAUGAUCCAUUGAGGGAGGAAAUCGUCAACUUCAACUGCCGCAAACUGGUGGCCACAAUGCCUCUGUUCGCCAAUGCCGAUCCGAAUUUUGUUACUGCCAUGCUGAGCAAGUUGAGGUUUGAGGUUUUCCAACCCGGAGAUUACAUCAUUCGAGAAGGUGCCGUGGGCAAAAAAAUGUAUUUCAUCCAACAUGGAGUUGCCGGCGUCAUCACCAAAUCCAGUAAAGAGAUGAAGCUGACAGAUGGAUCCUACUUUGGAGAGAUCUGCCUCUUGACGAAAGGUCGUCGCACUGCCAGCGUCAGAGCCGACACUUACUGCCGUCUGUAUUCUCUCUCGGUGGACAAUUUCAAUGAAGUUCUGGAGGAGUAUCCAAUGAUGAGAAGAGCCUUUGAAACAGUUGCCAUUGACCGACUGGAUCGGAUAGGAAAGAAAAACUCCAUUCUUCUGCAAAAAUUCCAGAAGGACCUGAACACUGGAGUUUUCAACAAUCAGGAGAACGAAAUCCUGAAGCAAAUCGUAAAGCACGACCGGGAGAUGGUGCAAACAACAGCCCCGGCAAAUUACUCCCAGGUGCCAUCUCUCAACUCCAGCGCUUCGACCACCCUCCAGUCCUCCCGCCUGAGGACCCAGUCGCCUCCCGUUUACAUGGCUCCCAACCUGUCCCACGGCAACCUGCAUUCUCCCACCCCCGGCACCCAGCCGCCACCACCGCCGCAGGCCGCCAUCCUCUCACCCUGCUCUUACACCACCGCGGUCUGCAGCCCUCCGGUUCAGAGUCCCCUGGCAGGUCGAACUUUCCAGUACGUGUCGCCCACUGCAUCUCAGCUUUCCCUGAUGCAACAACAGCAGGCCCAACCACAGCCGCCACCCAGUUCGGCCCAGAAAAACGAGGUUCACAAGAGCACCCAGGCUCUUCAUAACACCAACCUGACGAGGGAAGCUAGGCCUCUCUCCGCUUCGCAGCCUUCCUUGCCCCAUGAGGUCUCAACGCUGAUAUCCCGGCCUCACCCAACAGUCGGAGAAUCCUUGGCCUCUCUCCCCCAGCCUGCCUCUGGAGCCCAGGCGGCAGGCUUCCAGGCGGGAAACCGGGGCUCUGUCCCCCCAAGGGUCACCCUCUUCCGCCAGAUGUCUUCGGGGGCCAUCCCUCCACACCGAGGGGUCGUCCCGCCCGGCCCUCCAACUGGCGCCCCUCUGCAGCGGGAUACGUCCGCAGUCUUAAACGCAGACCCGGAAGGAGACAAACCGCGAUUUGCUUCCAAUUUAUGAUCCCCGCUGAUGGCGGAAAGCGGGAAGAUACACUGGAAUUAACUGAGAAUCUAUUUUAACCGAUUUCCCAGUAGAUCCCUUCGCCUCCUAUGAAGACAUAUUUUAGACAGCUGCUCCCUGCUGAAAACAUUAAAAAAAAAGUAUGAAAAAUCCCCCAAAGAAGUUUCAAAAGGCCCGUUUAGAGUUCAGUGUUACAUCUUCCUUUCUUUAAUCAGCGCCGAAAGCCAAUCUUUGGUGUGGGAUUAUUUAUUUUUAACCUACAUCGGCACCCAAGUUGGUUUGAUUAUUUGUCUCUAACUUAUGAAGAAUGCCCGGAUUCAGUGAACAUCAAGAAGCUCCUCUUGUGAAAGGACAAUAUCAAGUAGGACAAGAACUUCGGUUUUAAACAAGACAACUCGAGCUAGCUGAUGAAUAGUACCUAUGAAAUAAUAGUUUUUAAAGUUCAUUAACUGCAUCUCCAGAUCCAAACUGUGAAUCGCUCAUCACAGAGGGUUCAGUCACGGUUCCCAGUUUUUAAGCCCAAAUUGCAUUUUGGUGCUUUCCAUUCCGAAUUAGGUUGAAAAACAGUAUCUGUGCCCCAGGCAUCUACAGUAGAUCAAGAACUAACACCGUGCUGUAUAUUUUUAACCUCAAACGUGUUUCUCAGUCCACUGUUUCAGAAAGCUGAGUGAACUUCUGUCUCCAUAUUAUAACAGACUUUUAUGAAGACUUAACUACAAAGGUUGUAAAUAACUUUUUAGACCUGAAACAAAAAUAGCUCCCAUGUGGUGUACCAUUGCAAAGUCUUGGUUUAGGAAUUUAGUUUCAUCUUUUCUCUUCAAAACUAAAACCGAAGCGUGACAGCCGUUCGACUCUACUGCAAAAGCAACAUUUUUCCUACAAUGUUUUCCAUGCAAAAUGAUAGGCUUCGUCCUGCAUACGUGCUUCUAUUUCACCAGAACCAUCACUUUUCUUCUCCCUUGCCAUAAGCUGCACCUGAAAAUAUCCCCUGCAUGGCUUUUUGAAAAACAUAGGUUGGAUUGGUCAUUGUAGGGAAAAAAAGCUUACAGUAUUUCUUGGCUUUAGAAAACUAGAAACAUUCUUAAUUGUGGCGGCCUGAAAAUUCCAAUAAUGCUAACUUGGCGUCACUGAUUUAAAUCUAGAAGUGAGUUCUGUUUUGUUUUUCAUUUAAAGGGUUAUUUGUAAAGCACAGCUUGAUUUAGAAUUUCAAGUGCUCCUGUGUCUUCACUGUAGUUUGGUAGUUAACUGUGGUGUUGAUUUAAAAAGAAAUAAAUAUAAUAUAGCAUCGAGUCUGGGAACGCACGAUUUGCUCUGUGUAUAUUGUAACUCAAUGGAUAGUAUAUCUUAAGGCAUGUAGUGUCCAACAUAGCCCAUAGAUAGGAGGUUUAUUAUUUUAAAUAUCUUUAAAAUAGUAGGGAAAUGGUGACAGAAGGCCGGGUUAUAGCUUAGUUUUAUGAGCAGUGUUUUUGUUUGCUCUGAUCUCACCCGCCUCCUUGUGAAUGGCGCUUCACCAAGGCAACUUCUUCAUCUGAUGGACCCUUGUCGAUAACGGGGUAACGUCAGAUGUCACUAGACGCUUGCCGAUGGGCCGCCAGGAAUAGUUCCACCUUAGUUGGGAGAGAAAAUGUGGCGACAUCUAUUUAGGGUGGUGGGUUGGGAGGGGGGUCCUAAGGGGAAGGGCCCAUCCCUUUGACGCUGAGGUAAUGGAGCGAAACAAUGACCUCCUAUUACGCAUCACAAUGCGUCCAGAUCUACUUGAGAGCAAAAUAAAAGUUCCGAACUGGACAGAGCUUUUGAACCCAAGCUGCCUGUUUCGCCUUUUACUUAAAUGGUACAACCAAUACCAAAAAGGAUAGUGAUUUUUUUUCUUUUUCUGUUUCUAACAAAUCCCCCUCCACUUGGAAGUAACAACCCAUACCAGUCAAUGUAAUUUGGCACUAACAAAUUGCUAUUAUAUCUGAUGGAGCGGUCAGGAAAGUGAUAUGACAAAGCCAUCGUUUCAAACAAUCUCAAACAUUAUGGAUACGCUGCAAGACCAUUUACUUAUCAGUAACAAACUCCUUCGUUUCAGUUCAAUACUGAGAAUUCUCUUCAAUUUGUUAAAAUCAUGUGUUGGUCCUUUAAACUAUUUAAGGUUUACAUUUGAUAGAAGUAAUGGUUUAGUAGUGAGAUAUUUUUAUAUAUAAAUUUUUUUUUAAUUUUGAGCACUAUGGAGAAACACAAGCAAAAUUGAAUUGUCGUGGUCUUUCAGUGAAACCAUAAACUUUUUAAUGACUUUGUAAUAGAAUGGAUAAAAUCUAGGGUUUGUAUGUUCAAUCAAUAAAAAUGGAACAGGGUAUAAAAUUAUAUACAUAUAUCUGUAUGAAUGUACAUAUAUAUAUCAUAGGUUAAGAAAAAUAUGACACAUUCCUGUAAUAUAAAAGGUCCAAUGCUAAUGGAAGAAUUGACCUAUUUUCUCUGUACAUAAGCAAGUCCAUAAAUGUGGAAUCUCUCAUCUGUACAGAAUGCGAUGUAUUAAUGAAAAGGAAUGGAUCCUACUGCUGCUGGAAAGACAUUAGAUUAACUGAUUCUUACAAUGACUGUAUGAUCAGGGAUGAGUUAGACUUUUUUUUUCUUUUGUCUUUGCUCAAA